AAUAAAAAAUUAUAAUUACUGAUUAUUAUCAAAUUAAAAGUUGCAACCGACUCAACAUCCCUUCUUCUCCCCCUCGGCGGUUAACCAAAACCUACAGUUUUCCUCCGCCCCAACCACACCAUGACCAGUUCGGCUGCUCCGUCGCGCAAGGCUUUAAGCAGGAUCGCCUGUAGCCGACUGCAGAAGGAGCUCGCCGAGUGGCAGCGCAAUCCACCGGCGGGAUUCAAGCACAGAGUCACUGAUAACCUCCAGAGAUGGGUGAUUGAACUCAAUGGUGUUCGCGAUGAUGGACGAUCUCCACGAGAAGAUGAUCGAGUACUCGCGGCGGGAAGGGGCCGAGAGGGAAGAUGA